UUCUCAUCAGCUUCUCUGGGAUGUGUGGGUGCUGAGCACUGCAGAAAAUCAGGUCAGUCCUUUCUUUUGAUCACACACCAGAAACACUAAAGAAGUGACAGGCAAGACAUGCUUUUCUCCCUUCCACCUUAGUGUAUCCUAGCAUGUACCUACUUUCAAUAUCCACCAAAAGUACCUCACUACUUCUGGAUAUGACAUAAUGAAUAGUAACAGCAUCCAUACCUAUGAAAAGAACAAAGAAUCAGGACAUGUUCAUUCCUGCAUGGCCUGAAAGCACCAAUACUUCCAACCAAGCACAUUUGUCCUCUCUGUCUUCUAGCAGAUACACAGGAGUAAUAUGAUCAUAGUGUGCACAUGAGGGAAUACCAACUAAAGGGAAUAAAAAUAUGUUUUAGACACACGUCUCAUGCAAUGGGGCCCAGACAGUGAAGGCAAUUUACCACUGUACUAAUCUCCCUAUUUUUCUUAAGAGACACGUUAGAGACAAAAUCUACCCUAGGCAGAGCAGUAAUAAGGGACAAGGGCCAGAAGGAUCUUUACUGCCAGCCAGACUGGAAUUCUGCAGGCCUGGGGGAGCAGUCUCAAACACAGUCAUGAAUCUUUAACCAGGAACAGCACUUGCUACAAGAUAAUUAUCAGGCAGCCAGCAAAACCUGCAGAAUACAUGUCAUUUCUGAACUAUUUCAAGUAACUUAUGCUGCUCUCUUAGCUACCAUCAUCCAGCGUUCAGUAAGCAAUACAACUAACAUUUGUUCCUGGUGAGAGUGCAACAGGUUGCUAUACAGAAGGGUUCUGCUCUGCUGAGUGAAUGGGGGAAGGAAAAGUCGUAUGCGCUUACACCGGUGCUUCAGCUGGGUGUUUGCAGGGCAAAGAAAGAGGGACAACAGCCCAGACUCUAUGAACCAUAGUCUCACAUGGUGGCAACACACUGCCGAUCAGCUCUCCCCACUGAGGCAGCAACUCUCUCGUUUCAAGAACACACUGAGUUCUCGCAGGAACCGUAACGCAGGCUACCUCACAAGCUGCCACCUGAUUGCUCAGUGAUUUCUUGCUUCUCUGUAAAGCAGUGGCUCCAGUGUUCUCAGCAUGCAGCCAUUUGUUUUAAAAGCGCUAGUAUAGUGCUGUGCAAAAUUUUAAAAGUGGUAAUAAUGUAGGAAGUCCCUACCAUCCAAUCCCAUUGUAUGGGACAGAGUAUAGGGUUUAAAGAAAUAGUUACUAUUUUGAUUUGUGAUACUACUAGAACUUCAGAUACGCUAGAUGGGCUUUUUAAUUCCUCAGGAAUUACUUUUUCCAGCUUUUGGAUUUUUAAAUCCAGGAGCCACCUUAACCAGAGCAUACAAAGUAUCUUGUGUGUAGCAAAGUGGGUAUUAAGUUAUAAAGACAGUGUUUCCAAGGCUCAGAAAAUUCUCCCUCUGAUGGCAGAAACAGCAUAUUUGUAAAAAGGAUCCCUGCCCGGAGGGAUUUCUGAACUCAGAAAAUGCUGCAUUCUCUUGUUGCAUUUUCCAACCACACAAACAAGCGUAUAUACAUUUGCAGCCUCCAGGCUUCACAGAUGUUCUCCUAUACCUGGCCUAACUACUCCAUUUUUCCCUAAAAAUAAUAAUAAUAAUUAAAAAAAACAGAAUUACCCUGUGCUCUCUCUUGUGAUUAUAGUUAGUAACUGCACCUCAUCUCCUUUCUUCCUAACACUUGUCCUCUUAAGGAGCAUUACAUUUUCCACUACUGAAGCAGUCACUUUGUCGCCCCCAGUAUGGCCCUGGACUCAUGUCCCUGCACUUCAGUAAAAAAUGAUUUAGUAACAGAUCCUCUUGGCAAUGUGUGAUAUGAAAUUGCAAUAUGUAAAAUAAAAAUGCCUUCUUCCCUGAAAUGCAGCAUGAAAAACUGUGUAAGAUCAGCAUCACUGACUGGCAAUGCUUUUCACCUUUUUCAAAUUCUGUUUUGCUAAAGCAUAUGCACUUCAUGUGAUGCUUUGGCUGGACAUGCUCAGAUUUCCCAGCCGUGUCCAUGUUUUGAGGUCAAGUACUUGAAGAGAGAAAUUUUUUCCUUUCCAGUGGGUAGAAGAGUACAAAGAACAGAGUCAGUGAGUGAUAUAACAAUUCCUCAUUAUAAGAGGCACCGACACAGCCAGUACUAACUGGCACCAAGCUCCAUAGAAAUGCCACGUACUGUAAGGAUAAAGAAAAUGAGUUAUUAUCCUUUAGCUGCAGGGGAAGCGUUCCCAGGCACAGGGAACAAUGUGAGCGAGUCUGCAUUGCUGCUUCUGCCGUUUCUGUACUAUGGCUACAGCAGUGUUUCUCAACAUUCAUUUCUUGUAUCCCUUCCCUCCAGGAUACAGUUUGUACAUCAACCUUCACUUUGAGUUUGAAAAGCAGCUGGUGACACAUGAGGUGGCUCAGUCUAGCAGCCAUGUGACCCUUUGGUCCUGCUAUCUGAGUGUUCCACCUUUGCCACCAACCAAAGUCUUCUCAGAAGAGUUUCAGCCCCAUCCCUGCUGCAGCUCCUUCUUCCUGGCUGCAAAAUCCCACCCCUUUGGACAUGCCCUGGGCUAGGUUCUGCAGCCUCCCUGAGGAACAGACUUUGAGCACUGCUGGGCUAAAGAGCUCAGAUUCUUCUUACUAUCAGUAAAAAAAAGAGACAAUACAUAAAAUCAAAAAGAAAAAUUUACAGUACUGUUAAAUAGAAAAAAUGUUGUCCUCCACUAGCACUCUUCCUUCCUCAUUCAAUAUAGGGCAACCCUCAAACAUAAAGGUACUCAGCAUCAUCCAGAAGACAGCUGUGGUCACAGAGCCUCCCAUAACACAAAACGAGGAACAGAGAAACAGUUACCCAGUUUCUGUUAUUUUUUCAAGGUGAAAAGCUGCAGGAGGAUUGUCUCUCAGUAGGACACCAGUGUCUUUCAUGGGGAUCCUCCUCAAGUAAUUGUGGUCAUCACUUCACCAGAUCUUCAAGAUCACAGGCAAGUUUUUGUACAGUUACUCCUGCCCCUCUCAAGCACAUAGUUCCUUACAGAUUAGCCACAAAGCACCCUGGUGUCAUUUCAAACUAACGUUUUUCUGAGCAGAAUUUUCUGCGAUCAUUUUUCAUUUCUACUCAGCAAAUCACUUGAGAAUCAAUAGUGACUACAGUGCAAUCUCUUUGCUGGCAAAUCAGCCUCCAAAUCUGGCAGGGGGUUAGUGUGGCAUGGGAUGAGUCCAAGAGGAUUACUAAACCUGCAUGGCUUCAUGUGUCCUAGGUGAUGCAAUGGGAGAGUAACUAUGCCAGUGAAUGGUUCCCCCCAUACUCACAGUCCUCACUCAUAUCAGGCUUUGACUGUUCUAAUUGUUGCUGAAAAGGAAUGAAGGCAGAGCACGGAGCUGUGCUAAACGAAUUAAAAUGGUGACACUGCUGGACCAGUUUUCUUUGCCCCUCAGGCCUGUAGCCACAGGCUUAUGAUUCUCCUGUGGCUUCCUGCAAUUUAAACUUGAGUAGACUGUGGCAAUGAUUAGAGGAGAGAAGCCAAGGAGCUAAAGAUUAAGUAGGUGAGAUUCCUUCCUUUGAGCCAAUUCUGACCAUAUAGUAUAAGGGAGACAAUAACACUGAACAAGAUAAAAAACUAAGGUCCUAAAUCAUCUGGCCAGGAGACAGUUAUGGGAUAAGUAGCUGCAUUUUACAGAGAAGUCUGGAUUAAAUAUGGCAGAACUAUGCAGGGUGAUGUGAACUGGCAAGAAAACAACCGGAUGUACGUACUUAUUGAUUCAAAGUACAAACAAGAGCAAAAGAGAGGUAGCAUUAGGAGGAGGCUACUGACUACAGAAAGUCAGAUGAAGGAAGUUCUCUCUUCAGUUUACUUUACAUACUCUAUUCUCUUUAAAAAGCUUUUUUUUUCUGUUAGAUUCUCCCCUUCAGACCUUUUGCACUGAGGCUUGCAUCAUCAGUGCUGGUUCCAUAAUUUACAGGCCACCUCCCUCUCCUCCCUUCUUGGCGUAUGACUUUAGGCAGUGCUUACUUCCUCCCUAAGUUUGGUUCUCAGGUAAUAAAAAUGUUUUAAUUAGUAUGGGAGUUCAUAUACAGCUUGCCUUGCCUCUAAACCCAGAGAAGCAUAAAGGUAGGCACUGCCAGGCAGAGGCUGAAACCAGAUGGAGGCAAAAGUUAAGACAGGAGGAGAUAAAAGGAAUUAGGACUUGCCCUCUGGCAUCAGGAGAAACAUAGAAAGAUGGAGAAUUUGUAGAGAGCUUUGCUUCAUGUGGCAGUGAGAAUAAAAUCAGAUGGAAGGAGAAGGGGAUGAAAUAGGAGAUGUUCGGAGCUCAGGAAGCAGGCCAGCUGAAAUCACAGUGGGUAGGUGGGAAAUACCUGGUAGGUGUCAAAAAUUGAGAGGUGCAGGCAACAUCCUCAAAAGAUGAAGACAAGGCACUGUAGGGCAACAUAUCCUGUAAUGAUGCUUUCAAUAGCCUAACACUGUUUGGAUAACCUUGGUUCACUCAUUGUCUAUUUCUUCCCACCUCUUACAGCAGCUCAUUUUGCAGCAUCCCACCAAAAGGAGUGAAGCCUUUGGGGCAAGAAUAUGUGUUUAUAAGCUUGUCAUAUCUAUGCUACUAUAUUCAGUUACGGUGAUUGUUACGUCCCAAAUGAAGACAGUGGAAAUUCCUGCUUAAAAACAGACACCAUGAUGAAACUGUUAAGUCUUUACAGUACAUGGCUUUGUUAUUAUGUUAUCUAAGAAUAUUUAACAGCUUGAGCUGGCUUGUGCUCACUUAUUCAUAGGCUUCUUGUCUGGAGGGGGAUUGCAUUUUGCUUGCUCGGGGUAGAAAUACACAGAGAAUGAAUCCAAACACAGCUUUCCAUCCCAACCAAACUGACUGCAUAUAACUUAGAUGGUCUUUGCAUUUGUUUACAAUUUGCAUUUUGUUAUAACAUGUACAAUGUGUAAUAUCAGUCAACUCUGGGGCCCUGACCCUGUCCCCAUUCAAGUCAGUGAGAUCACUGCUAUUGGCCUACAUGGGAGCAGGACUGGAUCACUGACAGAACAGAUCUGGAGCCAGAGCUGCCCUGCCUGUAGCUUUAUUUAAGCAACGCUCGCUUCUUAGGAAAGUGGCUUUGUGUCUGUAUUCUCAUCCUUCCUGAUGAGGUCAGAGCUAUAUGAUCUGCCCAGUGAAAGACUGAACUGGAAAUGUAAAGCCAGAAGGAGAACGAGUUCUCUGGUUUCUGAGGAAGCUACAAUGCUUUUGUAAAAACUGGUAAUCAUUGACUUUGCGUUUGCAAUUGCAGCUGUAGGAUUAAAGGUGAUGGUAAAAAGGGGACAUGGGUUUAUAAAAGAGACACAGCUCCAUCAUAAAAGCCUGCUCUUUCAGGCAGACCCCUCUAUACUGACUUCCCACGAUGGUUUGCUGCACUGGUUUUCUAAGCAGAAUGGUCUUACUUAUCUCAAAGGUCUUUGGCAUACAGGUGCUUCGCUCCUGGGCUGCCUCUCCUCCUGCCAGAGAAGUGCCCACUCCAUUGCUUUCCCCCAACUGUAACACCACCACAGUAGAGGAGGCUGCAGAUCUGGCUCUUCGUCAGAUCAACACUGACCGAAGAGAGGGCUAUGUACUCAGUCUCUAUUGAAUUUUCAGUGUCCGAGAACAUCCCCGGAUAAGUUACCUGCUUGAGAUCACUGGUUCUGCCUCCUAUCUCAUCUUGGACGUAGUAGAUACCAUAUGCCACGUUCUCAGCAAGAAGCUGCGGAAGCACUGUACAUCCAGACCUACUCAUGCAACUGUUUAUGGUCAAUGUAAAGCAAUUAUCUACAUUAAUCAGCCAAGGAAAAUUGCUCAUCUCAGUACUUACGAGUGCAUUCUACAGUCAGUUCCACGCAGGUAUAUUGGGGCAACAUGUCCUGACUGCCCAGUUGAUGACUGUCCAACUGAGCCCAAAUAUUUGGAGGUUGCUGUUCAGAGCCUUGCCAAGUUCAGUGAAAAAAGUGAACAGACCCAUUAUUUCUCUGUCCUCAGCGAGGUCACAAAAGCUUCAAUGCAGUGGGUCGUUGGUCCUGCACAUUUUGCAGAGUUUACAAUUCAGGAGACAUCCUGCUCCAAAUCUGAUUCUGUUGCUGACAUGUCCAAGUGCAAGCCUCUGUCAUCUGAAUUAGCUGUAAAAAAUGGUUUCUGCAAAGGCGCUGUAAUAAGAAGUGACUGGGAACAGAAACAGAUUGUGGAAAUAUCCUGUGAAAUCUACAGUCCACAGGCUCCUGUCACUGAAGAAGGGAAGCAGCAAACUAACCAGAGACUUGGACGAUCCAGCCAGAGGCAUCAAGAAGCUUUCCCUUCAGAGGCCAACCCUCUCUCUCCCUAUCUAGAAAAAACAGUGGGCUGGGUUAAAAUUCUUCCCCCUUCAACUGAGGACACCUCUUGCCAAAACGUACCAGAAAGUCAAAAUGAACACACAGAUGGAAAGCCAGUUCCAUCUGAGGCAGCAGGACCUAUGCCCAGCAGCCUUCCAGAUACCUUUGGCAAUCCUGAUGGAGAAAAGAUUCAAGUAGACAAACCAGAUUUGACCACAUCAGUGACUGGACCAGUUAUUCUCCCUUUCCCUGAAGAAUUUUCACUAUCAGACACAUGCCCAGGAAAAGCAAAGGAGACAGAUUCCACUCUUGAGCCUUUACAGGCUAGAAAGCCUACCAAAGACCAGCCAGCAUCCAAGUCCCCUCAACCACUGCAAUAAAAUGAUGGUCACAGUGACAGGGUGGUCUUCCCAUUUGUGUAACAUCUCAAAAUAAAAAAAAAAAAGAAAGAAAAAGCUCACUACACUCUUCAUCUUUGGCAUUCUCAGCUGUAAGAAAGCACAGGGAUAGAUUACAGAAAGAAAUUUAAUUGAGGCAUUUUCCAACAAAAGAAUUUGUAGUUUAAUUCUCAAUUUCCUCCCAUCAGUAAGAGCAUGAAGGAAUGGUAACUGCAGAGGGGAAACGCACUUGCAGGGCCAAGACAGCCCAAAGGCACCAGAAGAAAACGUUCUCAAGAGCAAAAGUCUGCCAGGAAGCAGCAAGGACCAGCUGCUCCCUAAAGGACGGGGAGCUGGGAGCCGAACAUGAUAACGAGCCUGGCAGGGCAGGGGCCUUGCCAGGUAGGGCCCCAUCUCAUUGUACCCAAGCAAGGCAAGCAGGGCAGACCCAGGAAUUGUAGGCAGGUGCAGCCAAGAGUCUAGACCAUUAGAUAAGUCCCUGGUGAUGAGGUAGGUUCGAGGUCAAGCUGGGAACAUGAGUUAGCAAGACAAGGUCAGGAUCAGGUGAUUACUGGUGAAGGUAACCAGGAUCAGACACAGCCCAGUGGUCACCAAGCAGGUCCACAGUGACAAGGCAGGUCCAAGUUCAGUCUGGGAAGUCAGACUACAGGUCUGAGUCUAGGUCCAGAUCAACAGGGCCCAUAGCCAGGCACACGCAUGGCUGCGACACAGCAGGAGCUGUAGCUCUGGCCGGGGCCAAAUGCUGGCACUUUAGCUUAAAGCAGCUCCCACGGGAAGGGGGAUUGGCCCAGGCUGUGGCAUCCCUGCAGCACUGUCUGGUAGCCUCUCUCCAAGGGCAGCAAGGCAAUGUUAUCAUUAAGCUGGCCCUAAGCCCUGGCAGCCAAACCUCCAGGAGGGGGAUGCUCUCAGGACCCUUACAAAGUCAAGCCCAGUGCAACAGUGUAUAAAAUGGGGAAGAAGACUUCAAUAUUAUUUAGCAUUAGAAGCUAGGGUUCUUCUACUGUUUUCUGGGCUAACAUCUCAAUGAUAAUGAGAUGAGCUUAGUAUAUUUUUAUUUCCCGUGGAAAUCCCAUGCAUCUCUUAUCCUGCCUGGAACUUCUCAAGAAAUAUUGUUUAUUCCCUAACGCUUUACAUGCUCACUUACACAAAGCAAGUGGAGAAGGCUACCCACUUGCCAGCAUGUGAACCCUCUGCACUUGAUUCUGGCUGGUGGAGAACCAAGCCCCAAGCUACUCAGAUUCGUCUGCUUUACUAACCCUGCUGUGCAGGUAAAAUGACAAUUUACAAAAUCAGACUAAUGCUUUCUUGAGAUAGGUCAUAUUAACCAACUGCUUUAUAAUAAAAAACACAGGGACACUCUACAUCCUAGGCUAAGAUAAAUCAAUUUCACUAAAGCCAGACAUAGCAGCGUACUGACAAUAACAAAUAUAAAUAAAAGAGAAGACAAGAAGAAGAAGAAGAAAGAGCAUGGGACCUAGAUGAGGCCACAGAUCCUUUCUCCAGUUACAAGUAGACCUGUAUGAAUCACUUGUUCAAAAGAAAAUCAACAAAAUCUUAUUGUUUCUGAAGUUUUUAUGCUGCUGAGUCAUCACUAGAGACGCUUGGAUAUUUUUCCACUUGGAGUCUUUCAACAAAAAAUUCUGGGUUUGCUCAAGUUAAAAUAUUCUGGCAAAUAUAUAAUUUGGGUAAAAUGU